AUGCUAACCGUUUCUGCUGGUGACUACUUAUCUUCAAGCUUUGAUAUGUUGAAACGGGACUCCCAAAUGGCUGGUGCUCAAAUAGAUGUUGAUGAGCAUAAUUCGGGAGUUGGUGAACCUCAAUCUUUUGUUCACAAUGGCACAACUAUCUCUUCGCCACAUGAUAUUCACCAGGCCGAAACUGAAAAAAUAACCGAAGAAGCAGAUAACCGUUUGGAAUAUCUUCUUGGACUUCACUAUCGAGUUCGUGAGGCGCAUUCUCAGGGGAGCGUCUUCGGCCCUCGCAUCGCCAAGCUUAUUGAUAUUUUACAGAGACUCUCAGCGGCUAGACGGCGUCGACUGACUGCUGAUUUGGCGGACGUAGCUUUGGCUUCCCCUUCCAUCUUUUUUAAGCCAAUUCAGGUUCAAAAGCAGCUUGUAAGCGAAGGGAACAAUGCUUGGCCUUUGAGUGACAUGACAAUGCGACGUCUAAAGAAAUCUCCUAACUUUAAUACGCUAUCUACAUCGAUUAAAUCCUUUGAGCCUAGUGAAGACAAUUGUGAGUUUUUUGCCUUGAGCCGUCUUCAUUAUAUUCACUGA